AUGGAUUCAUGUUCGCAGGGCCAUGCGUUGAUGGUCACAAUGGAGUUAGUAACAGCUCGUAGGGUUCUACCACAACCAAUCGAUGACUUGCUAAAAAGAAUUCGACCAAUAAGGAUGAUGAUUGGAACAGUAAAAAAAGAAAUGCAGGAUACGGCAUAUUUAUUAUGUGACGAUGGUACAGUUGAUAAAAAGGGCGUUUUCGUGACUUGUAAUACUGCCAUUAGACUAUUCGCAUCCAAAACGGCAUACAUUUUCGACGAUCCAGCAUUUUUCGUCAACGCAGUUCUCUACAGUGAAUCAAUAAUGAGAGCUCAUGGUAAAGCGUUUUUAUAUCAAUUUGAUUACGGAAAUGUUGGUGAUGCAUUUUAUCUGGGUCCGAAUUUGCCCAAGUAUACACCAGAACAGUCUCCUCAUCACACACAAGAAUUU